AUGCCACGACUAAGAAGAAGGGCGCCGAAGCCGCCAAACCGGCUGCUGUCUGCCGCUUCACGCACCAGUCAGAAGCCUAGCGCUGUGCGUGGCGGUCCGGGACGUUUCUCUGAGGUCAAGGGCUCAGGUGGGGUUCGCGGUCAUUUCGACGUGAAUGGCAAGGGACCGGGAACCCCAGUCUUGAACUUGGAGGGUAUGGCGUCACAGGCGUUGAUCAGCUACAGGCUGUCCCAGCAGGGAUGUAAGCUUCUGCAACUUGCAAGAGGGACAAACAGGUACGUACUUGUGGUCAAGUACCGGUAG